AUGAGUGGCCCUGUUCGGCCGGAGGGUUCGCUUAGCACUGCUGAGCUGCGGCGGCAGUACUCGCUCGGUGUCUAUGCUGUCCCGCUCGACGACCGGACCGUGUUCAUCGACUUCGAGGAUCCUCGGGUGCGCCAGUUCGUCCGCGACCACGACAUCCUGCCGCAGCGCAAGGUUCAUCCAGAGAAUGUCAAGCGGCUUUCCGAGUCUCUCGAGCCCGGCUCGCUGGACAACAGCAUUCGCACGCCUGGGACGAUCGCUUUCUUCCCCCUCGCACUGUGGGACUAUGACCGCGCGCGACAGGACGAGAUCCGAGCGGCGCGCAGGGCUUUCGUCGCGAAGUAUGUUGCGCGGGAAGACGAUCCUCCGCAAUACGCAGAAGGCGACACCGCGGUGAACGUCCCGCCCAUGGAUCAUCGUCGUCCAGCUCGACUAAGCGUCCUCGAUACGAUACCUCUCGAUGAAUUGGAGACGCUCGGCUUGUACCUCUGCGACGGCAAUCACCGCGCAGCAGUCAUGACCCAGCAUAAGCAGGUGCACGACGCUAAGGUGGUCGCAGGAGAGGCGGAACCGGCUGGACCGCUGGACUAUGCGCUCGCUUUCGAGUUGUUCGCCGAAGACGUCUUCUUCAACGCCGCGCUUUUCUUCACCAUCUCGCUCGAGCUCAAUCAGAUCCACGCCCGCACCUCCAUUCUCGCCGAUCGCUCAGUCACCGCUACCCUCAUCAUGACGCGCUUCGCUCGUGUACGCGACGCAUCUGCGAGUACAGAGGGCUUCACGGUCGUGUCGAAUGACUACGGCUCUCUUGUCACCGCGCGGUACCGCUUCCAGGCCGUCAAUACGCAUCCCUCGAUCGCCUUCAUGCUCGAUAGUCUCGGCAAGACGCAGCUCUACAACUUGAACGGUUAUGGCGGCAACGGAGUCGGCCCGGGAAUCAUCUUCCUCUUACUCGGCUUGCGCGACACGGCACGCUUCUUCUCCGUCAUCGACCCGGCAGGCGAUCUUGUUGCUGGGCGACCACUUCUUGAGAACCUUGCUCGCCGAUACGGUCGCUGCCUUCCGAACCCGCUCUUCUACGCCGACGAGGUUGGAGACGACGGCACAAUCACUUGGCAAGGUGUGCGCGCCGUCGGAGCGGCUGCGGGAGACUUGGCCAAAGGGCUCCUCAAGAUCCCCGCGCGCGCCUUCAAGAACGACAAGACUCCCGUCCGCGAGGCUAUCAACGCCUUUGCGUCCCGCAUCCAGUCGAUUGAUGCAGAAGACGGUGCAACGGUGCGCUGGGAGGAGCGAGCGGUCAAGGUUCGAUCAGCCGUCGUCGAGCAAUUCUUUGAUCUGCAUACGCUCGCGACUCUCGACGCGUCCGAAACCGUCGACGACUCGACGUUGGACUCGCCUUCGCCUUCGACGACUGUCGACCGCAAACCUCAAAUCAACGGCAAGGGCGCUCGUGCUGCUGCGCAAAAGUACGAGAUCACGACGCUUUAUCGUCACGUACAUGCGUUCUCCACGGCAUGGCUACUCCCGCUCGCCCACGCGCUAUCCGCCCUCGUCCCGCUCGCCUGGUCCCACUCCUCUCGUUCUCCUCUUGCUCCCCCUCGCCUGUCGUGGCAUGAUCCCUUCCUCAUCCUCCUCGCCUUGCAUCCCGACGCUCGCAGCCGCCUCGAGAAGGAUCCAUUCGGUCCGAUCGGCGGCUUCCGCAUCAAGUUCGAGCGCAUACCCGUCGAACCUUUCGGCGAGAACGCGCAAGAAGCAGCAGCCCUCAUCGAACUUGCUGAGUACGUCUGGCGACACCGCCAAGCCCUUAUGUCCGAGUAUCAAGCCGCCACGGCCGCAGCAAGCCGCCUUUCGGACGUCCAGCGCGACAAGCUCGCCUCCGAUUCCGCCCCGGUCGACUCGCUUCGUGCGCUGCCCUCGUCGACCAUCUCCUUCCUCCUCCCCUUCCUUAUCCCGACGCCAUUCGCCGAUCUCGGAGCGCCGGUGCGCCUCUCGCUCGUCGCCUUCUACCCGUCGCAUCGCGCGCUCUUCCUCCAGAUCGCCGAGCUACUCUCCCUGCCGGAUCUUACGCGAGCGGUGGAGUCGAUAGUCGACGACCUUGUCAUCCACCCAGAGACGGGACUGUCGCCCGCCGACCUGCGGAUCAAAGCCGAGAAGGAGGCGCUCGCUGUAGCCGACGCGCAGAACGCGGCGGCAGCGCGCGACCGGCGGGACGAUGAGGCUGCGCGCCAUGAGCCGGGCGAGGUGGACGUGGAUGCAGCCGAUGGCGGAGACGACGAUGUCCCCGCCCCCGAAGAGAGCGGCACUGGGGCGGACGAGGACAGGUCCGCCGGGGAGGAGGAUCGCGGAGCUCUCGAGGGGAUGGAUGACGCGCUCGAUGGGUCGGUGGCGGAUGAAGAGGAUCUACCUGCGGCGCCGAAGAGGAAGAAGCUUGCAGCCGCACGUGCCAGGGUCGAGGACGACGAGGAGGAGGACGCGAACGAGGGCGCGGAUGCGGAUGAGCGCGACCCUCCCACCCCCAUCGUCGAUAAGCCUCUCGUUGUCAAGGCGGCGGCUGGCGACGCUCUGAAGCGCAAGGGCCCGCCCGACAACGAUCACGACCCGUCAGCGAAACGCCCCAAGCAGGACGCCGAAUCCGCCAUGCGCAAGAUCUUCCGACAUCUCUUGGUAUACUUCGGUGCGACUGUGCAGGCGACGCUCAGUGAGGAGGAAGGUUUCGUGUACACCGUUACGGAGCUCAAGGCGGGAACGAACGGUCGCAUACUGUUGGCGGACCGCGUCGGACAGCCCGUCUUCCUCGAGGAGAUCAAGCGGAAAGGGAAACUCUCUUGGAUCGUUGGCUAUCGCACCGCUCAGGCGGCGGCUCCGCUGCGCAAAUUCGCAGCCGCCACGCUGACACGCGCGAACCGGACGCUGUCUUUCUCGAAGACGAAACCUCCGGCCCUCCUGCGCCCUUCUGACUACGCAUUCUCGGGUCGCCUCUUCCUCUCGCUCGCUGCCGUCUCCGACCCCUCUUUCAAGCCCCACGCUCACCCCUCGCCCGCGAUCCGCAACGCUCUCGACAUGGCGUGUACCGCUCGCAACUACAACAAGCUCCUCACCGCGAUCAUCGGCACCGGCGAUGCUGCGGAGGAGCGUCGGCUCGCUUUGGUCAACGACACCGUCCUGCAACCUGCAGACGAGGGUUUGCGAACGCUAGCGGCGGUCGAGGCGUCGCUGGCUGAGGCGUGGGGGAAAUGGAUCGCUCUGAUGGAUGUCUUUGACGGGUUUACGGACGCUGGCGCUGCGGCGGAGGCAGGCCGUGUAGCUGGGGAUGCGGAAGAUGAGGCGGGCGCUGCGAAUGAGGACGAGGAACUGCUCAAGCUGGUGGGGAUGUAA